AUGGGCACGUUACCCGACCCAACGAUGGACUCGAUCAACGACACGUCGGCGUCGCAGGACGUCCAGACGCUCGUCCCUCUGUCGCUCAAUCUUGUGGCCAAAAAGGAACAGCGCUUGCAGCGCGAGCUCACACAGCUCGACGAGGUCCUCAGUCAGCGCCACGAGACGCUCUGUGCCCUGCGCGAGCGUCACGAGCACGUGCUCACGACGAACGGGCAGCUCCAAGAGAGGCGGCGGGUGCAUUGGGAGAAGCUCGUGGCGCUUCGGGCACAACUCGGCGACGACGCGCGUCACGCCCACGAGGAACGAGGGACACGCGCUGGAACGCGCGACGUGAUUGGCGGAAAUGAGCUGCAAGCGACGGCCGAGAAGUGCCGCGUGCUGCAGGACGUGGUGCGUGGGCUCUUGGACAAGCACACGGCGUUGGAGCGGCAGUGCAUGGGACGUGAAGACCAGCUGGCACGGGCGACAGUGGCGCUCACCGCAAAGGCUGAGCGCCUGAAGAUAGCGCAAAACACACUUUGCCUCAUGCGCCAAGACACGCACUCGACGUUAUGGAACCUCGAGCUCGAUCAAGCUGCGCUUGCUAAGGCAGACUCGCACCUGGAAGGUGCGAGCCAGCGUGCCCAGCAGGAAGCCGCAGUUUUUGACAAAGUGGACCACGCGUUGAAACUCGAAAAGGCUGCACUGGAUGAUCUCGAGAUAUGCUGGCAGAACUACGAAGGUAUGGCGCAUGAAGAGCAGCGUCAGCUCAUCAUGGCAAACGAAGACGCGACGAGUGAAAAGAGAGAGCUCCAGAAACUGCUUGAGAGCAACGGGCCGACGUGUCCGACGGAUGAAGAAGUUCUACAGCUGGCCAAGGAGCUACAGACGCAGUUGCAGCAUGUCAACGACGAGGUGGCGAACACGAAAUUCUACAAACGAGAGCUGGCCCUGCGACGGAAACAAGAAAAGGAGUGGCUUGUCUUUACGCAGUCAAGCAUUAAGGCGAAGGAUGAACAGCUACUAUGGUUGGAGCGCCAACGCAAGCACCUGGAAAACGAGCUGAAAGAAGUACAGAAGGCUCACGAUGCCGAUGAAGCCGCUUACCAAGCGUUUCUCAACGAGCACAAAGCAGCAGUGGGUCUGCAUGAUGGCCAAAUGAAGGAUGCUGAAAAGCAACUGAAGACGACAGAGCGGGCCAUCGUUGCCUGCAACAAAAAGGUGGCUGCUGCCACCAAAAAAGCCGGCCAGAAGACCAAGGUGCUUGCAGAAUUGACGACAAAACUAGCCCCAAAACAGGAGCAACUGGAAAAGUCUACAGCCACACAGACGCUUGUCGACGCUGAGAUACUAUCCGUGCAGAGCACACUAGAUCAAGCGCUCCUGAAUGUUGAACGCACUCAGCAGCUCCGAAUUGCGCAUGAUAUGGAGUCUGAAAAGCUGCGCUCAUCCUGCACUAAAUUGGAGUCUGAAGUGCAACACACACAUCAGACGCUGACAACGUUGAGCAACAGCAUUGCUGUAGCCCAAACCGCGGUGAAGAAUCAUACCGACGAAGUGCGCGACAAGUUCUUGGGCACUUUUGUCACCGAUGAUGCGGGCGUCUUGAUUGAUCUGCUGGAUAAGGAGAUCGCGAGUCGAACAACGGAGGGCACCAGCAAGGUCGAUGAUACUACGAUUGCUUGCCAGACGGACAUGAUCAAGCAGAAAUACAACGAAACAUGGACCGCCGCUCGCAGAAAGUAUGGCAGGAUCUUGCUACAAAAGGAAACGCAAUACAACGCAAUGGUUGCAAAGAAGAUAGAUGGGGCCGUAGCAUGCAACACGCAGCGCACGAACAUGAACGCUUACACGAAAGAAUCGAUGUGCGGAAACCACAUACAUGCGGUGUCUGCCAUCGGACCCGACCCUGCAAUCGAUAGCAGCAUGGACAUUUCGGCUUCUGAAAAUGGUUGUGAAGACAACGAAACUGAAGUUCAACAGACCAACCCGUCAAGAGCGGAACGUCCGAGUAACGAUGCCACGGCCAGCAAGGAUACCAAACUUAAAAAAUGCCUGGUAAAGCCGAGGCAGCGAAAGACGAAAGGAGUGCAGAAGCUUGUUCCGAAGUCUGCUCGACGUCAGCUCGCACCUGGGCUAAACCUGGCGGAAGAGUCGCCGCAGACAGACAAGGAGCUGACGGACGUGCUAACCACGGACUCCGCUGCUGUUGUAGUGCCAGCAGCAAAGGCAACAAGAAAGGAUGGUAGCCACUCAGCGGUUUCAAGGCAGCACAAACGAAGUGGAACACGCCAGCCCCGAUUGAAGCGACGCACACCAGCGCAGAAAGCAGGAAAACCAGCACGGAUCGCAAGCAUCACACCAACUCUACCUUCUACGAGUGACGCAAGCACUAUAUCUAGCGCUCAAGCGAAUCCUGCGGCCGACAUGGCGAGUCAAGACUCUCUCGAAUCGCAAAUGCGAUGCGACAGUGCCCGUGAGGCAUCGCAACGUACACGGAUAACGGAGGCACCCACUAAGACGGCGGAACAACCUCAGGUUGCGGUCACGAAGCCACAGGUAGUAGAGGUGCAUCAUGCUCGUAUCUGCUGUGCGCCCUUGCAUCAACGACUGAGGACUAACAGCGAUUUCGAACAGAUGGGUCCGCUCUGCGACAACAUGUCCACGGGUCGCACGGCAACAAAGGCACCGCACCGAUCCCGUGUUUCCAAGCCAAAAAAAGUCAGUCGCAUCUCACUCGGGCGCUCCCACAUCAGCGGCAGUAUCGUGGACUGGUCUGCCGCCGACACGUUUUCGUUCGACUGA